UUGACAGGUUGAGAACAAUCCAUUUUAGUACAGAACCAGACAUAACCGUACGUGAGAGAGAAGAAAUAACCAGACCGAAAGCAAGAAAGAUAGACAUUGAUCGGUUCAAUGGCUGACAUAGCGAUUUUAGUGGCGGAGGAGUAUGAGCGGAGGGUGAGACAGUCGGCGGAUUCGCGAUCGGCGUCGUUGGAAUUCGACUGGUGGAAAAAUGUUCCGGCGAAGAUGACAAUAGGAGUCAGCGAGAAGAAGAUAGAGAGUUUCAUGAAGAAGUUUGAUCCUAAAUCUCAGUUUGCUCUAGCCAUCUCCCAUGGCUUCUUCUCUGCUUGAUACACAACUUUGUUCAUAAUCUUAAUUUCGUUUUAUAAUCUACAGUACCUGCCUUGUGUUUUUCUUAUGAUUUGGGAGUUUAUGUAAAAAAAAAAAGUAAAUAUCUGAAUUAAUCAAAUGGAUACCUCUUUGACUUUA